AUGCGGAGAGGCGUAUUAAUCUUCAUUCUUGUCAAUCUCCUAGUCCUAUCCUUUCUUGUGCGCAGCGUUUUCACCCUUUUAUCGUUGCUCGUGGAAGAUGCCUCGGCCGAUGCAAUCCAUCGUGCAGAGCUUCCCUCGCCAAACUCAAGCCUGAUCGAGCACCGGCCCCAGAUCAUCCCUAAAAUCAUCCACCAGACCUAUAAGAAUGAGACAAUUCCCGAAGUGUGGAGGGAGGCUCAGCAGAGCUGCAUUGACCUACAUCCAGACUACGAGUACAUUCUGUGGACAAACGAGAAGGCUCGCGACUUUAUUGCCAGUGAAUACCCCUGGUUUCUGGACACUUUCGAUGGCUACAAAUACCCGAUUCAGAGGGCAGAUUCCAUCCGCUACUUCGUGUUGGCCCAUUAUGGCGGAACCUACAUUGAUCUGGAUGACGGCUGUAACCGCCGGCUAGAUCCUCUCCUUGCCUACCCAGCUUGGGUGCGCCGCACCGUACCGACAGGUAUCUCCAAUGACGCCAUGGGAUCUGUUCCACAGCAUCCAUUCUUCCUUCGCGUCAUCGAAAUACUCCAAUCUUAUGACCGCAGCUGGUUGCUUCCAUACAUCACAGUCAUGUACUCGACAGGCCCUCUGUUCCUUUCGGUAAUCUGGAAGGAGUAUAUGCAGGACAUGCCGAGCGAGGCAUCCCGAGUUCGAAUCCUUAUGCAGGACGAAUAUAACAAACACUCGUGGAGCUUUUUCACCCACCAUGUUGGCAAUAGCUGGCAUGGGAAGGAUGCCCGGUUGAUUUUCUGGAUGGGCCAUCAUUGGCUUUUCCUCACCUUCUGCGGCUUCUUUCUCGCGGGUGUUGUGGGGUUCUGCCUUUGGUGGGCCUAUGGCCGGCUUGUGCUUCUGAGCUUGAAGUAUCGCUACCGAUAUUCGAAAGUCCCAUCUUUUCCCUCGAUUCUCCGCCUUUCAUCCCCGUCGCGUAGGUCCCGACGAAACAUGCCGACGUCGCUUCGGCGGGUCAGCUUCAAAGAGGACGAAGAAGCCGGCCUUAUCACCGAAACUUCUCAUGAACUCUACAGCCGACGUGACUAA